UUUUUUCUUCCACACAUGUGGAGUGAACGUUUAACAGCACUGACAAAUAUGGCCGCGUGCAGUGUGGAAGAGCUGUUAGCUAAAGCUGAGCAAGAAGAGGCAGAAAAACUGAAAAGCAUCUCCGUCCAGAAAGAACUGGACCUGGAGUUUGACAUCGGCAACCUGCUAGCUUGUGACAAAAACCGCAUCGAGUCCCGGGAGUUUAGAGAGCAGAAGAAAGAAGACUUCCUGCGGUCGCUAGCGCGUGACAACACGCAGCUGCUCAUCAACGAGAUCUGGAAACAUCCCACGGAGAGAGUCGAAGAGGCGAUAGUGGUCAAAUUAGCAGACCCGGCGACCCCGCUGCCCAGAGAGAAACCACCUCCGAGGCCUAAACCUCCUACAAAAUGGGAAGAGUUCGCCAAGCUGAAGGGCAUACAGAAGAAGAAGAAGACCAACUUGGUUUGGGAUGAAACUGCGAAGGAGUGGAAGAGGCGCUGGGGCUACAAGAGGGCCAAAGACGACACCAAGGAGUGGCUGAUUGAGGUGCCGCAGACCGCAGACCCAAAUGAGGACCAGUUCGCCAAACGCGCCAAAGCCAAGAAGGAGAGAGUGGCCAAAAAUGAGUUCAAUAGGCUGAAGAACAUCGCCAGGGCACAGAAGAUCAAAGUGCCAGGUGUUGGACUGACCCCUACAGCCCAGCAGUCCAAAGACGAGCUGGCCAUAGCUGCCAGUGUGGCCAAAACCUCCACAGCAUCCGCGGGGAGGUUCCAGGACCGGCUGCCUAAAGAGAAACCACCGAAGAACACAGGCAAGAGGAGGAAGUUUGAGCCCCUCAUCGGUGACUUUUCUAAUGAGAAGCUGAAGCAGCUGGAGCUUCUGAAAAUGAUGGACAGCAAGAAGCCCAAGUUGGACAUCACCAAGGCUGUCAAUAAACAGAUGAGAGAGGAGGACAGAGAGGAGGCCGCAGCUAAAUACAAGAAGGGAGCGGGGAAGAAGGGACGCAAAGGCAACAUGUCAGGGAAAGGCAAAGGAAAGGCUGGCAAAGGAAAAGGAGGAAAAGCUGGAGGAGGGAAGAGGAGAGGCAAACCUGGGAAGCAUUGAGGACUCUAAACCUCCUGUAUCCUUGUGCCUUGGCAUCAAAACAUUGGACUGGACUUUAAUGAUGCUAUAUGAAAUGACUGUGAAUGAUGGGUGUCAUAUUGAAACUGUCCAGGAUUUUGGUGGCUUUUAACUGUCACCAAAUCUGUAAAUAUCUGUCCCAGCAUUCAUGGAGGCUAACUGAUUAAUAUGUGUAGUAUUAAUGGCAAAUAUAUAAACUGCAGUCCAAAUUAAAAAUCAGGUGACUGUUUCCUUUUCCUGUUUUUUAAUUAAAUGCCACAUUUAUAAAGUCACAGCUAUGAAACAUCUUAAUUAAUUAAUAGAUCUUAAUUUGACUUAAUAACAAGAAACACAGGUGUAACUAAUAGCUUUACAAGAACAAACAUUGAAUGUAUUCACUGAGUUUUAAUCAUUGUUUCCUAAAAACAUUACACACGUGGUAAGUAGAAAAAGAAGUGCAGCGUACAAAGUAUGUAUUUGAAAUGCUGUAGAGAAAGAUUUCCUUCUAAAUAUGUUUUUAUUCAAGACAAAAUGUGACAUUUUGCUCACUUGUACUGUAAUCAUUAGAAAUAAAGGUAAGCCAGUGCUGUGACGAAUAAAAUAGUAAACUAGUGUUACAGAACUUCAAUGCAGAACAACAUUUUGACAGUAAACAAAAGAAAUGCAUUGGCGUUGUGGUGAGCAGUUAGGUAAAAUGGUCUAAAUACAGAGAAAUGUUUGAAAACGUUGAACUGAUUUUCACUAGUCAUAGUAGGAAAAGCACAGGUGUUAAUGACAUUAACAAUGGCUCUGUUUUUUUAUUCCACUGUCCCAGUAUGCACAAUACCAGGAGCAGCUAAAUCGGAUUCAGCCAUCAUUCAUUGUAUUAUUUACACCUGUGCUUUUCCUGCUGCUACGUGUCAAAACGUGUCGCAUAGUAGCAGCUCAGACUGGAACACCUAAAUGGAUUGCAGUGGUUAAUAAAUAUUAAUCCCACCUGUGCUUUUCCUGCUUUGGCAUGUAAAAAAAAAAAAAAAGAGACAUGUCUAAUUGAAUCAGGCAGCUUAAAUAAAGCUGUGCAGCAACUAA